AUACUUCGCUAACGCGAGGGCUUCGAUAUAGAGUCUUAUGUCAAAGAUAUUCGCGAUGUAUAAAAAUAAAAAUUACGAACGUGACAUAAAUUAUACGUAUAAUUUGAACCGAUUCAUUCUUCGUUUAAUGGGAAUCUGGCCAUACACAAACAUGAAUUCUUGGAUUCUGCGAAAGAUGGAGAAGGUGCUGAUCUUUGGUUUCUAUGUCCUCCUCUUUUUCGAACUAACGUCUAUGCUUCUUUAUGUAUUAAUGGUGUUAAAAGGGACUCGCGCGAGAAUUAAACUAACGGCAGCUGUGUUAUUCACGAUUGUGUCGAUCCUAAAAUAUAGCAAUUUAUUGUACGUGAAGAAUCAAAUGAGGAGUUACAUGGCGCACAUUGAGAAGGAUUUUCAAAGUGUCGUCAGUCCAACUACCCGCAACACGAUGCUCUUCCACGUGCGAACUGGUAGACGUUUGUUCAUUCUGUGCAGUAUAUUCAUGUAUGGCGCCGGGAUGACGUAUCGAACACUCAUACCGUUGUCAAGAGGGAAGAUUAUCACUGCUCAGAACAUUACGAUUAGACCCUUACCGAGUCCUGCUUACUAUAUAGUGUUCGAUCCGCAGAUCAGUCCGGUUUAUGAGAUUGUGUUUUUCGUACAGCUUUUCACCGGUCUUUUCAAAUACACAAUCACAGUAGCAGCUUGCGGUAUUGCGGCGCUCUUUUCGAUGCACGUCGUCGCACAAUUGGACAUAUUAAUGGUAUUGAUGAACAACUUGACGAACGAACACGAACUUGGGGAUGUGAACAGAAAAUUAUCGGUUAUUGUGAAGCAUCAAAUAAGGACGCGAAAUUUGUUGCAUAUGGUGCAAAGCAUUAUACAAUAUUCGAGUCUACUUGAAGUCAUGACGUGCACUUUUAUGUUAUGCCUUGUUAUAUAUUAUGUUAUUAUGGAAUGGGAGGACAGUAAUGCUAUAGCCACGUGUACGUAUGUAAUUUCAGUGAUAUCUAUGACUUUCAACAUAUUUGUUUAUUGUUUCAUUGGUGAGCAGCUCUCUGAAAAGGGAGACCAGGUAGCCUUAACGGCGGCUACGUUAGAUUGGCACGUUUUACCGGAGUCAAAAGCACGGGCAUUAAUUUUAAUCAUGCUUAUGUCAAAUAAGCCAGUAAAACUCAAGGCAGGAAAUUUUGUGGAGUUAUCUUUUAAGACAUUCGGGUCCGUUGUUAAGACGGCCACGGGAUAUUUAAAUCUACUUCUAUCAGUUGUUGACUGAGUUACUCACAAAUAAAUGUAUAUUUCUUCACAGAUAAAUACGCGUAGAAAAUCAGAGGUGCUUUUAAGUAUACAAUUUUGAAAUAAAAAUAAUAAAAGAAUA